AUGGCGGUAGACGAGAGCGAGAUCUAUCCCACCGAGGCCCUUGUCUCAAAGCAGUCUCGAAAACAUUACCGCAUCCCCGUGCGCCCGCAGCACUGGCAAUUACGCUCCCUCGUCAGCGCCGAAAAGAAAAACAUUGUCUAUUUCCCGGGAGGCAACGGCAGUAACCAUGUCCAACGCCUAAACACCACGACACGCGAAUGCGAAACCAUCAAGCUUCUUACCUUUGCGCCCCGAUGCCUCGUCGCCGAGAAAGGAUGGCUAUGCUGCGGUAGUGAGAACGGCGAUUUCGUGGCGAUGCAGCUCGACGACGGUAAUGAUGACGAUAACCAGAACUCUUCUCUCGAUCUUGAUCCAGAAACCCGACUUAGCCUUGGACUCGAUUCGACCGGUGAAGGCUCCGUGUUUUCUCUGAUAUCACGAGCCAGACGAUCCAAUAAGAGUCUCAUAGCCAAAAGCAUGAAACUUGCCAAAGACCGAGUCAACUGCGUCACCCUUUGGUUUCCGCCAACUAGUCUUGCCGCUCAUGACAGGGCCUACACCGAGCCAGUGGCAAUCUUGGCCAACAACGACAGAACCGUGAUCCUAGUCAGCCUUCAUGACUUUGACCAGAAGGAGAAAAUCGAACCUCUGGAUGUAAUCACCUACCCCGACUUUGUAAACCGUGCCCUCAUAUCUCCAGACGGCCGUCUACUAAUCGCCAUCCUCGACGACCCGUAUCUCUACGUCCACCAGCGAGUGAGGAAGCCCUCACAAUCAAGGUUAAGAGAGUCCACGGGAUAUCAAUGGGAGCAGACGCAGAGGAUACUUCUCAAGAGCCAACGCAAGGAUGACAAGACUGAUAGUCGAGGAAGCUUUGCUGCUUGCUUUUCCGAGUCGGGCGCAUACCUUGCUGUUGGCACCCAGCAUGGCACCAUAUCAAUCUUCAACGCUGCCCUCCUGUCGAAUCCUGAUGCCGACCCUCUCAUAACGUCCUUCCAGUCUUCGCGGCCACACAGCGGCCCUGGCGCUGUCAGAGACAUGGCGUUCUGCCCAGGCCCAUACGGCAUACUAGCCUGGACGGAAGAUCGAGGGCAUGUUGGCAUCGCUGACAUGAGGAGCAACUUUAAAGUCCGUCAAAUUGUUGACAUUGAAGAGCCAGGCUUCGAGCACAUCAACAUUCUUGACCGAAACACAAUCGACCCACGACUUUUGGAAAACCGCCGUGAUCGACGAGACAAUACCACGAGUCCAGCAGGCACUGAGAUUUCAAGGCGACGACUAGAGAUGCUUGAGACUCUCAACACCCCCCUAACCGCAAACGAGACUUUGGUUCUCGAGGCCAUGCAGCUCGGUCGUCGCAACCGAGAAAGACAGGCAGUUGGAGAUACAGAUGAAAGGCCAAUAGCUGGGACGAGUACCUUGUGGGCAGAGAGGUCGACUCGCCGACCCGCCAACGACAAUUCUGGGAGACCUGAAGAGCGACGGAGCAGCAGUAUUGGCCGUGCUAUGGGAGACUUGUUGGGUACCUAUCGUGCUGGUGAUCGCCUUCGCGGAGCUCGACCGAUCGCACGGAAUACGUCUGACACCCCUGAGAAUGGGAGAAGGCCAGAGCAGCGGUGGAUGGAGAGUCUUGGAGAUACUGUGGCGAUGCUUCGAGAGCAGCGCCAGAGACAAGACUCGUCCUAUCUCACUGUCCUCGAGAUCCUUCAGGCCAGGGAACGAAGCGGCGACCGUGACCAAGAUGACACUUCCAUCAUAGUUCCUUUGGUCAACCAGGUCGUCACGCGGUGGGAGGACGAUCAUGGAGGCCUUGGGAUGCCGCCUUCGCCUGACAACACGGCCGGACUGGCCUGGAGUGAAGACGGCCGCACCCUCUUCGUUGGUGCUCAGAACGGCAUCUACGAACUCCACGUCGACGUACAGAGCCGAAAGUUUUGCCCAAGUGUUUCGAUGAGAUGA